CCUAUCAACUGUCCUGAACUUAACCUGGUUAAUGUUCUAAAACUGUGUAAACCCGUCAUGGCCAUAUGAUAGAAGAAGAAAAAGAGAUAAAUAUAAAAUAACAAGAGGUAAAGACUACUUAUUAAGAGGAUACAAGAAAGAAAAUUCUCCCGACAAUUGGAAUAAACAUUAAUAUUGAAAAAAUUAAUAUUGAAAUGAAUCAGAGAUCAAGGUACGCGCUUCUGUUAAUACAUAAUGUAAUGUUCAAGUAACUGUUGUGAUGUGGAACUAAAUACAUACGUGAUAAUAAGCGAUUAUAACGAUUCUUAAAAGUAUACUCUAUAAAUAGACUGUUGUGUCUAUGGAAGUAUAUUCUGAUGUAUGUUUGCGAUCAUGGAAGUAAAAUUAACGGAUAAGUUAUAUAGGAUUCAAUCUGUAGAUCGUGCUAGAAAGAUACCAAGUUUGAAUUAUUUAUUUGACAAAUCUACGAAAGUUUAUGAUCGUAUGAAGGGAGCAAAUACGUUUGUUAAUUGGGCAUUCGAUAUGGUAGAAAAUGUUGUAAAUAUUGUUAUUGAGAAAUCAACGCCAGUUGCUAGAUUAAUGGAAAAACCUAUUUAUACUUUGGAUAAGACACUGUGCCAGGGUUUCGAUUUUAUGGAAGUGAAACUGCCUAUAAUCAAAGAAGAACCUAAAGAGAUAUUAGAUAGGACAAAAUCAUUUGUUACAAAUCAUCUACGUCCAGCCGUAAAAACUUUUUCUAAUCUUAAACAUGAAACAAAGCAAAAAGUCAGAAUUAUGAUUUUACUUACCUAUUAUAAGGUACAUUACUUACGUUUAUAUAGUUGGCAACAAGCAGACAGAGUCAUGUCCACUCAAACAGGAAUCAGUAUUCUAAAAACUGUGGAUAAUACAACACAUCUCGUAGAAUUAAUAUUAGAUAAGUACUUACCUGCGUCACAUGAAGAAAUAGAAGAGGACACAGAGGAAUUAUGCAGUGAACACGCUAAAUUACAUCAUACAGUAGAAAGACUUACUGAGUUUGGUAGUCGUGCUUCUCGUCGUAUUUAUCUUGCUUUAGUGGAACAUUCGCAACAUAUGUAUAAAAUUGAAAUACUUAUACUAAUAUUGUAUGCUCUUAUUGUAAUUCAAACUAUGAAAGUGUUGGAAAUACUAUUUACUUUCGUAUUCAAAUUGUUUAGUAGUUAUGCAUACUUCUUUUUUUUAGGAAUUUUGCACAUAUUACAAUGGACUUAUUCGUAAUUUCAACAAAAUCACGUAUAAUAUAAAGCUGUGUAUUUUGUAAAGGUAUUUUUUCAUAGUUGAUACAAAUUUAAUUGUGCUGAAAGAGUAAAAUUAAUUAUAAUUACGCGAAUUACUAUUUAUGUAUUUUUUUUAAUGUUUU